AUGGUACUGCACAAUCUUCUCAGCAAGGAAGGCGUUUCCGCCCUAGCGUAUACUGCUGAUGAUGCAUCUGCACCAUGGUUGUGUCUACUUAGGAUUGUGAAAUCGCACAAUGACACGCAGCUUGGCUUGUAUCUCGAAUACCCCUUGCCGCGCCCUGGUAUUGACGACAAGCAACGUAUAUUUUUGCGUUAUGAAGGUGAUAAUAUAGUGCCUGGCACAAUAUCGCUCACGAAGCUUGACAUAUCCCUCCCGGCUACAUUGCUCACUGAACUAGGGCGGAACGGAAGUCAUCAGACCCGAACGCUGUCACUAACUCUAAAACAACCUUGUUCUGUUUGGCAUCGAAAAGAGGCUCCGAACGUUUGUCCUGAUUUCCCAAAACUUUUAAAACUAGCAAGGGCAAGAGAAGUACGCAUCGUCUUCGACACCAACUGGCUUGGCACCAAUUAUUCAAAGUUUCACCGCAUUUCCAAUGGUUCCAAGGAGUUCGCCAGGGUGCCAAUUCUCCCAAACUUCACUAAUGUGUAUCGGCAAGUCGAGUGGUCAAUCCUUAGUUUGCUUCAGGGCGUCAGCACAGAAGCUGACACUCCCAAUGAUGAUGCGAGCGCUGGAGAACAUAUUGCCCAAGACGUGAUAACCCAAGACCCACCUCCAUAUCAACAAGAGUCAGGCUCGGGUAAGCGCUCGAGAGAUAAUGGCCUCAGCCCCGCACCCGAUACUCCUGCGACGAAGCGCUCCCGACAUCCUCCCGAUUCGCCUUUGUUAGAUUCCUCCACUCCUACAUCAAAUGUCAGCUCCACGUCUACGGUUCCAGUCAACCUUUUCCAAGAGGCUGUCGCAUCCGAGGUGAAGAAGGCGCUUCCCGGCCUGUUGGCCGACUUCUUUGGUGGCAUGCGUACAGGCCACUCAUUGUCACCACGCUCAUCACCAACGCCACCGUACACCCGAAUUCCAAAUGCGCCCACACGCUACGACCAAACUACAAACUGCCGUUUGACACCUAUCUCAGAGAUGAAAAGAGUCAUGACCAGUACUCUUGCCCAAACCUUCGCCCAAGAUAUCGACCGAGCCUUUGAGCAUGCCUCAGAGCAUGCAUCUGAGCUAUAUAACUCCGCCAGCAUUGAGAUAGAGGAAAUCGUUGCUAACGCAAGGUCUGACUUGGCCAUGAUCAGUGAAGACCAAAAGUUCGGCUUCAAUGAGUACUGCUGCCAGCAGGUGGACGAGUUCGAACAGCGUGUGGCAGAAGGAAAAGAGGAAGCCGAAGCAGAGAUUCUCAAUGCAUUCCUCACAGCUUCAGAGAAUUUAGAUACAGCCAAACAAGCCACUCGUGCAGAUUACAGACAGAGCGCGCUUGAAUAUGGUCGUAGGGCGAAAUCUCUACCUCCUCUGGAGAAAGACCAGAAUGGCAUUGCCAAUUUGUGAGUUUGCGUAUGAUUUAAUUAAUACGAGUUGCUACUGUA